AUCUUUGACUCUCACAAGUCACAUGGAUCAUCUCGGAAGACCAAUCUCUUUCCGCCUUUGUUCCUGUCUUCUAUCUUCGUGCAGAUUCCUAGGAAGGGGGAGGAGUUCAUUGUAAGGAAAUUAAGGUCUCAAAAUGAAAGCCUUUAAGACCUGACAUGUCAUCCAAAUCAAGAGUUUUCUUUGAGUAAACUCACAUUGAGUUUCCUACAUCUUAUUGCUAAGACUGUAGUGUUAUGUGUAGUUUAUUCAACUAAAGAGAAACUCAAACAGGAGUAUGUUGGCCUUUGUGGAAAUGAAUUUAAAGCUUGAAGGCUUCACAUGUUGAGGACAUUUCCAUGUGCAAACUUGCAACUAUUUGAAAAAGAAGUUAUAGGGAUGGAGAAACACCAGAAGAGAAUGAAAGAUGAAGAAUUUCCAGAGUUUUCAUGUAAAAGGUAUCUUGCUUGGUGACAGACGGCUGUCAUACUGAAACCAGUAGCUUCACCAGGUGUCAGCACAACCAUAAGGAGCAUGCUUUCCGUAGAGUUGGCUUUUGAACCUAAGAUUGUAUAUGUGAGAAAAGCAUCUGUUUUCAUUUGGUAUAGGAAUCAAGUAUCUAAAGUUAAAAUGUGUUAAGGUUACGACAUCCUCAUUCAAAUAGCUAAUGAUAACAUUGGUUUGUCAGUGUUGGUUCUUCUCGGUAGAUAUAUGCUGAAGUUCCGUUUCUUAGGUCAGCAAAAUGGUGCAACGACAUCUGACAUGAGGGAAUAAGUAGGUCAGCGAAUGGUGCAACAUCAUCUGACAUUAAGGAGUAAGAAGGUGGGCUCUUAAGAUAAUCUAAAAAAGGUUUCUCUUAACAACCUCAGUAUUCUCUGAAGAUUGUGGGCUUAAUCCACUACAAGAUUCUGCAAACGAGACUGCUUCUUCCAGGAGGCAAGUGUCUAUUGUUUUCUUCCUUUAGUCGCAGACUAAAAGAUACAGUAGUAACAACACAACUAGUCUUGUUCUUUUAACUCAUAACUUGUGCUGUUGUCUGACCAUAGCAAUUAGUAGGCACAUGCGUUUUGCAACUACUGAUAUGUCGUCACUCUUUUGUCAUCAUUGAGGUUUAGGCCCUUGACAAAGGCAAAGAGGCAAGAGAAGGAGGACGUUAAGGCGUUAAGAGAAAAGCUUCGUCUGGGCCUGAAGAUUUAGUUACCAGAAAGUUGUAGGAAUUGCUUAGGCAAGUCUUCGUGUGUAGGAUUCAAUAACAGAGAUGUUUCAGCUUCUAGGAGAUAUGUGUUAUGUUGCAGAAGAAUCAGAUGUAGUAGACUUGUAGUUGUGUGUUAUUUGAUUCCAUGGACAUAUGUAGACUUUGUACAGUUCAACACUAUGGGAUGUGUAAAUAUCAUUGUUAUUUGAUUUUUUUUAAUUUUGUUUCUAAAAGAUUGAAAUAUGUAACAGUUAUUCUACUGUUAUACUAGUUCAGAUUAAAGGGAUUAAAAAAAAGAGAGACCCCCUUUUUGCACAAGCAAAAACAAAUACAAGAGCGGUGAAAAUUAUAAAACAGAUUGUGAAGAAGAAGAAGAAAAAAAGUCCAUAGGAAAAUCAAAAGAAAGUUGUUAUAGAGAGAGCGACUAGUGAGAGAAGGCCACAGCAGCUAGCGUAGGAGAUUCCCAAAAAGCGUUUCUAUUGAUUCUUCGCGGUCAUUUGAGGGACUCAUAAAGAAGUUGACCAACAGAGUCACCGGUGGUUAGAUAAGGGGAUGUGCUUUCAGAUACUUUGCAAACAUGUUGGUGGAAAGUUCCUUCAGCUCUUCCGUUGAAUCUAGUCUACUGAACACUUCCGAGUAUCAAGACCCAUUUGCUGCAAAUGAUUGGAUGUCGUCGCUUGCUGAAACUUAUCACAUGAUCCACAAACUUCCCGAACACUCUCAAGUAAGCUUUCUUGAUGCUGUUCCUGAUGCAGUGGAACUUAAUGAAUCAGAAGAACAUCCAAAACUUCAAGCAAGUUGUCCAGAGCAAAAUGUUAUGCAUAAGGUACCGGAAAAGGUUUUGACUUCUCUUGUGUAUAGUCGAAGAAAGAGGAGUGUGGUACCUGAGGGAACUGAGGAACAUAACCUAGGAAAAUGCAAGAAACAGGAUGAUUCAUUUGAUGACUCUAUUGUCCCAGUUUAUAACCCUGGAGAAAGCACAAAAAGGAAAAAUCGCUUCAACAACUGUCUUGUCUAUAGCCGAAAGAAAAAGAGAGGCGAAACCAGUUGUGCUACCGGAGAAACUAUAAUAAGGGCUGAUGGGAUUGAUGAUGCUUUUGUCUCUGGGCACAACUGUGGAGAAGCCAAGAAAAGAGAAGAUCAAUUAGAUAUUUGUCUCGUGUAUAGCCGCAGAAAGAAAGAUGGAGUAAAAUCUAUCAGCGGUGAUCAAGCUGAUUCUAUUGAAUAUAGCCAAAGGGAGCAGAUAGUUAAAGCUGAUGGGGGCUUUACUGGAUCUAACCCUGGAGAAGUCAAGAAUAGUGGUCAUCGACAUCUUUACAGCCAAAGUAAGCCGUUGGUGAAAUCUGAUGGCAGUUUUGCUGAAUGUCACACUUGGGGAACCAAGAGAACUGGUGAUACAUCUGAUGGCUUGCUUAUGUAUAGCCGGAGGAAGCUGAGAGGGAAAUCUAUUGGUGCUCGGAUUGAUGGCUUUCUAGUGUAUAGGCGGAAGAAAACCAAAGCAAAUAGUAUUUCUCAUGCUGAACAAGCGUGCAGAUCUCUGGAACUUAAAGCUAUUGGCGCAAGGGUUAAGGGCUUUCAAGUGUAUUCGCGGAAGAAGGCUAAACUAAAUAGUGUUUCUCGUGGUAAACAACUAUCUUCUUCUGAUGGAACAAAUGACAGCUGCUCAUCACAAUCCAGCUCUAAACUUGCUUCAGGUUCCAGUAAAAAUGGAGAAAAUGAAGCUACAGAUUGCGAUUCCUCAGAUACAAUCCCUUUCAGACAGUGCAAACGUUGUGAUAAGGAAGGAAUUGUGGAGAAGAUGUUAAUUUGUGAUGAAUGUGAAGAAGCAUAUCAUCCAAGGUGCUGCCGUGUUCGAGUGAAAGAAGCUGCCGAGAUGGAUGACUGGGUCUGUCGACCCUGCUUGAAAAAGAAGUCAUCAAAGACAAAUGUUAAAGGGAGAUCACGGGAACGGAAAUGGAGAGUUACAGAACCAUUUAUUAUAAGAAUUCGAGUAGGAAAAGAGUUUCAAGCAGAUGUUCCAGACUGGUCAGGUCCAACCAUGAGCAGUGAUACUUCUUUUCUUGGUGAACCCUUGGAGAUUGAUCAGUCAGAAUAUUUGCAUGAUCCCAAGAAGGCCAAGAAUGGGAAGAAACCACGUUCUGCAGAAAAUUGGCUCCAAUGCAGGGAUGAGGAUAGGAAUGGUGUUAUAUGCGGAAAGUGGCGUAGGGCUCCUCGCUCAGAGGUACAGACUAACAAGUGGGAAUGCUUCUGCUCCGUCUUUUGGGAUCCAUUGCAUGCUGAUUGUGCCGUCCCUCAGGAACUGGAAACAGAUGAGAUUAUGCAACAACUCAAGUACAUCAACAUGCUUAGACCGCGUUCAGACGCCAAAACACGAAAGAUAGGACCAAAGGGUCGAAGCGGAUCACAAAAAUGAAAAUAUUGAUGGACGCAAGCUUAGCCAAUAUCAAUUGCAUAUGCUUUUGCAUCAGAGACUCUAGAAAGGUAGUUCAGAAAAUUUUGUUAAACGCAAAUGAGUUUUGUACCAAUUGCGAAACUUCAGGAUGCUGAGAUGCUCUAUAAAAGAUUGAUCAGGUUAAGGUU